GGACCUCCAAAACAGCAUGCUGAAUCGCACCAUUCCCGCCGGCAUUGGCCACCUCACCGCGCUUUACACCCUAAACCUUAAAUACAACUUUCUCUCAGGCUCCAUUCCAGAGGCAAUCAGCAACCUCAAGCAGCUGGGGGAGUUGGAGCUGAAGGACAACAGCCUGAGUGGCACCAUUCCCGCCUGCAUUACCCACCUCACUGCACUCAUCACCCUAGGACUUGGCAACAAUCGCCUUGCAGGGACGAUGCCUGCUGCAAUCACCACGCUCACUAAUCUCCAAUACUU